AUGGAGCCCGUCGCCGCCGCCGCCGCCGCCCCGGCCGCGCCGAUCGCCGAGCCCGGCCGCGAGCCCCGGGCGGCGGCCCCCGCGGCGGCCGGGGCGCGGGCACAGGCCCCCGGAGAGGCGCCGGCGGGAGGCGCGGGGCGCCGGCGGCGGCCGCGCGGCGGCGGCGGCGGCGGCGGGGCGGCCCCGGGCCCGGGCCCCGGCGGCGGCGCCAACUCGCUGCUGCUGCGGCGCGGGCGGCUGAAGCGGAAUCUGUCGGCGGCCGCCACCGCCGUGUCGUCCUCGUCGUCGGCGGCGGCGGCGGCCGCCUCGCGCUCGCCCUCGGCCGGCCUCGCGGCGUCCGGCCCGGCCUCGGCGGCGGCGCUGUGCACCCGCAGCCUGGACAGGAAGACGCUGCUGCUCAAGCCCCGGCAGAUGCUGCCGCUGCAGCCGUCGGACCGCGACUGGGUGCGGCACCAGCUCCGGCGCGGCUGCGUGCACGUCUGCGACCGCCACCUGGCCGCCACGCACCUGCGCCCGGUGCUCUGCACGCUGGACACCACGGCCGCCGAGGUGGCGGCGCGCCUGCUGCAGGCCGGACCCCGGGGAGGCGGCGGCGGCGGCGCGCUCAAGGUGCCCGGCCGCGGCGCCCCCGACGUCGACGUCGGGGUCCCCCCGCGCGCGCCGCCCAACGACCUGCCGCUGCCCGGCUGGCCGCCCCGCGCCCCCCGCGCCGGCCCCGCCGCGCCCUCGGACUCUAGCCCCGGCCAGGCGGGCGCCCCGCGGCCCCCCGGCCCGGCCUCCGACGCCGAGAGCUUCAGCCCGAGCCCCGGCGCCGAGAGCGCGUCCGAGCGCCUGGACCCCUGCAGCGGCGGCGGCGGCGGCGGCGGCUCCUCCUCCGCCUCUUCCUCCUCCUCCUCCUCCUCCUCUUCGUCUUCGUCGUCCGAGGAGCUCGAGGCCGAGGCUGCCCCGACGGCGGCGGCGGCGGCGGCGGCGACGGCCCCGAGCCCGGCGCGCCCGGACGGUCGCUGCGCGCAUCCUCGGUCCCCCGGAGCGGCCGCGCCAACGCCAACGCCAACGCCAACGCCAACAACGCCGCCGCAGCCCCGAGCCCCGGGGGGCGCCGACGGCCCGGCCGGGGCCGCGCGGGAGGAAAAGGGGGCGGCGGCCGAGAGGGCGCCCCCGCCGCCCACCCUGUACGUGCAGCUGCACGGAGAGACCACCCGGCGCCUGGAGGCGGACGAGAAGCCACUGCAGAUCCAAAACGACUACCUCUUCCAGCUGGGCUUCGGGGAGCUGUGGCGGGUGCAGGAGGAGGGCAUGGACUCGGAGAUCGGCUGCCUCAUCCGCUUCUACGCAGGAAAACCUCACAGCAGCAAUAGUUCCGAACGGAUUCAGCUCUCAGGAAUGUACAACGUCCGUAAAGGCAAAAUGCAGCUGCCCGUGAACCGGUGGGCCAGGCGCCAAGUGAUCCUGUGCGGGACCUGCCUCAUCGUCUCCUCAGUGAAGGACAGCGUCACGGGGAAGAUGCACGUCCUGCCGCUGAUCGGGGGAAAAGUCGAAGAAGUGAAAAAGCACCAACACUGUUUAGCCUUUAGCUCCUCGGGACCCCAGAGCCAGACUUACUACAUUUGUUUUGAUACCUUCACCGAGUAUUUAAGGUGGCUCCGGCAGGUCUCCAAGGUCGCGUCCCAGCGGAUCAGCUCCGUGGACCUGUCGUGCUGCAGCCUGGAGCACCUGCCUGCCAACCUCUUCUACAGCCAAGACCUCACUCAUCUCAACUUAAAGCAGAACUUCCUAAGGCAGAACCCCAGCGUGCCGUCGGCCCGGGGGCUCAGUGAACUGCAGAGGUUCACCAAGUUGAAGAGUCUCAACCUUUCCAAUAAUCGUCUCGGGGACUUCCCGUUAGCCGUCUGCAGUAUCCCAACGCUGACGGAGCUGAAUGUGUCCUGCAACGCCCUCCAGGCCGUGCCCGCCGCGGUGGGCGUGAUGCACAACUUGCAGACGUUUUUGUUGGAUGGAAACUUUCUGCAGACCCUCCCUGCUGAGUUGGAGAACAUGCAUCAGCUCAGUUACCUCGGUCUUUCGUUCAAUGAGUUCACUGACAUUCCAGAGGUGCUGGAGAAGCUGACCGCGGUGGAGAAACUUUGUAUGUCUGGAAACUGUCUCGAGACCCUGAAUCUGCAGGCGUUAAGAAAAAUGCCUCACAUCAAGCACGUGGAUCUAAGACUGAACAUAAUUAGGAAGCUGGUGGCCGAUGAAAUAGACUUCCUCCCGCACGUCACUCAGCUUGACCUGCGCGACAAUAAGCUGGGAGAACUCAAUGCCGUGGUUUUCAACAACAUCGAAGUCUUGCACUGUGAAAGGAAUCAGCUGGUGACGUUAAACAUCUGUGGCUAUUUCCUGAAAGCACUCUAUGCCUCUUCCAAUGAACUUGUUCAACUUGAUGUUUACCCAGUUCCAAAUUACCUGUCUUACAUGGAUGUUUCCAGGAACCGCUUAGAGAACGUGCCUGAGUGGGUGUGUGAAAGCCGUAAGCUCGAAGUCUUGGAUAUUGCCCAUAAUCAAAUCUCUGACCUUCCCGCACGCCUCUUCUGUAACAGCAGCCUCCGGAAGCUCCUGGCGGGCCACAACCAGCUGCAGCGGCUGCCCGAGAGGCUGGAGAGGACGUCGGUGGAGGUGCUGGACGUGCAGCACAACCAGCUCGCGGAGCUGCCGCCCGGCCUGCUGAUGAAGGCCGACAGCCUGAGAUUCCUGAAUGCCUCUGCCAACAAACUGGAAACCCUUCCUCCGGCCACGCUCUCGGAGGAGACGAGCAGCAUCCUGCAGGAGUUAUAUCUGACCAACAACCACCUGACGGACAAGUGUGUGCCCUUGCUCACGGGACACCCCCACCUGAAGAUCCUGCACAUGGCCUUCAACCGCCUCCACAGCUUCCCGGCCAGUAAAAUGGCCAAAUUGGAGGAACUGGAAGAGAUCGACGUCAGCGGGAACAAGCUGAAGGCCAUCCCGACCACCAUCAUGAACUGCAGGCGCAUGCACACGGUCAUCGCUCACUCCAACUGCAUCGAGGUCUUCCCGGAAGUGAUGCAGCUCCCGGAGAUCAAGUGCGUGGACCUGAGCUGCAAUGAGCUCAGCGAGGUCACUUUGCCCGAGAACCUGCCUCCCAAGCUACAGGAGCUGGACCUGACCGGGAACCCCCGCCUGGCCCUCGAGCACAAGGCCCUGGAGCUGCUGAACAACAUUCGCUGCUUCAAGAUCGACCAGCCGUCCGUGGGGGAUGCGUCCGGAGCCCCCGCCGUGUGGAGUCAUGGCUACACCGAGGCUUCGGGGGUGAAGAACAAGCUGUGUGUGGCAGCCCUGUCGGUGAACAACUUCUGCGACAACCGGGAGGCCCUGUACGGCGUGUUUGACGGCGACCGCAACGUGGAGGUGCCCUACCUGCUGCAGUGCACCAUGAGCGACAUCCUGGCCGAGGAGCUGCAGAAGACCAAGAACGAGGAGGAGUACAUGGUCAACACCUUCAUCGUCAUGCAGAGGAAACUCGGCACGGCCGGACAGAAGCUGGGCGGCGCUGCCGUCCUCUGCCACAUUAAGCACGACCCCGUGGACCCAGGCGGGUCCUUCACCUUGACCUCCGCCAACGUGGGCAAGUGCCAGACGGUCCUGUGCCGCAACGGGAAGCCGCUGCCGCUAUCCAGGUCCUACGUCAUGAGCUGCGAGGAGGAGCUGAAGCGGAUCAAGAGGCACAAGGCCAUCAUCACCGAGGACGGCAAGGUGAACGGCGUGACCGAGUCCACCCGCAUCCUGGGCUACACCUUCCUGCACCCGAGCGUGGUACCGCGGCCCCACGUGCAGUCGGUGGCGCUGACCCCGCAGGACGAGUUCUUCAUCCUGGGCAGCAAGGGCCUGUGGGACAGCCUGUCGGCCGAGGAGGCGGUGGCCGCUGUGCGCCACGUGCCCGACGCGCUGGCGGCCGCCAAGAAGCUGUGCACGCUGGCGCAGAGCUACGGCUGCCACGACAGCCUGAGCGCCGUGGUGGUACAGCUGAGCGUGCCCGAGGACAGCUUCUGCUGCUGCGAGCUGGGCCCCGGGGGCGCCGGGGGGCCGCCGCCCAGCCCGGGCCUCUUCCCACCAGCCGUGAGCAUGGUCAUCAAGGAGCGGCCGGCCGACGGGCUGGGCGUGCCGUCGUCCAGCAGCGGCAUGGCCUCGGAGAUGAGCAGCGAGCUGUCCACGUCGGAGAUGAGCAGCGAGGUGGGCUCCACGGCCUCGGACGAGCCGCCGCCUGGCGCGCUGACCGACAGCGGCGUGGCCGGCCCCAGCGAGCCCCGCUGCACCCUGCACCCUGCGGCCGGCCCGGCCCACUCGUUCCAGCGCCAGCUGUCCAGCGCCACCUUCUCCAGCGCCUUCUCCGACAACGGCCUGGACAGCGACGACGAGGAGCCCAUCGAGGGCGUGUUCAGCAACGGCAGCCGCGUGGAGGUGGAGGUGGACAUCCACUGCGGCCGCGCCAAGGACAGGGACAAGGACCGGGACCGGCCGGCGGCGGCACAGGGCACCGCGCCGCUGCCCCCGCCGCUGCCACCGCCCUUGCCCCUGCCCGCACCCGCGUCCGCGCCCGCGCCCAGCGAGGCCGGCAGCGACGAGGGCAGCAUCCCGGGCGCCCCGGAGGACGAGCCGGGGCCAGCCCGGAAGGCGCUGGACGGCGCGGCGGGCACCAUCGGGCGGCGGCGGCCCAACGGCUCGGUGGCGCCCCAGGAGAGUAGCCACAACGUCAUCGAGGUGGCGGCCGACGCGCCCCUGCGCCGGCCCGGCGGCUACUUCGCGGCGCCCGCGCAGCCCGACCCCGACGACCAGUUCAUCAUCCCGCCCGAGCUGGAGGAGGAGGUGAAGGAGAUGAUGAAGCAGCAGCAGCAACAGCAGCAACAGCAGCAACAGCAUCAGCCGCCGCCGGGGCCUCCGCCCGCGCACGCGCCCCUGCCCGCGCCGGCCGACUGCUGCGACACGCCGCUCUGA